AUGCAAUCCUAUCACUUUCGUGGUAACGAAGGAGAGCAGGUACCAGACAAUGUGCCAACAAUCAUUGUCGAUGAUCACGUUGAAGUCCUGCCUGAGUACUGUUGCAGGGAUCUUCGCCUGCGAGAAGUCCAGCUGAACGAAGGAUUGAAAGUAAUUCGAACAGGUUCAUUUUCUGGCUCGAAACUGGCGGGAGUGAGAAUUCCCAGCACGACCGAAACCAUUGAAGAACACGCCUUUAACGCUUGCAAACAGUUGACAGAGGUUGCUUUCGCAGAGCCAUCCUCGUUGGAAAGACUCAAGGAAGCAGUUUUUAUGAGUUGUCCCGGUUUGGAACGAAUCAAACUUCCUCCCAGCGUGAAAUGGAUCGAACGCCUCGUCUUUUGUUCUUGCGAUGCCUUGGUGCAGGUCGAUCUUUCCUUGUCGAACAUUCGCGAUAUUCCAAGCACUUCCUUUGCGUAUUCCCGAGCCCUCCAAGCAGUCCGGCUACCUACUUGCGUGGCCCGCAUUGCGUCUCAAGCGUUUGCCAACUGCAUCCAUUUGGUCACGGUGGAAAUGGCACCUACGUAUUCCGUACGAAUUGAACAAGAUUCCUUUUUGGGCUGUGCGUCACUGGCCAAUAUCUUAUUUCCACAAGGGGUGAUUGAGAAGGGGAUUCUCGGUGUGGUGUUUGCCGACAAAUGUACUACACUGCACAAAUGUUGUGGUCCAACAAUUGAUGAGCUUGUGCAGGAUCUGAUUCAUCGUUUUGAUGGGCAUCCGUUCCACCGCUUGUGCUACCACUCGUCCACCACUACCGUAGACGAGUUGCGGGACACUCCAUUGGAAAAUGAUGAUGAUGAUGAUGCACCAGCCGUAGACAAGUUUGGCAUGACUCCCUUUCAUAUUCUCUGUUCGUCUGUGGAUCCCCGUCAAGAUUUAUUUCUGGUUCUUCUCGACAAGUUCCCACACUAUAGUGUGCUGGGUCUAAAAGAUGCCAAUGGCAAACGAGCCAUGGAUUACUUGGUCGCCAACUGGACUUUGGAAACCAAAGUUUUGUUUCAAGAAGCCAUGCGACGCUGGACAAUAGAUUCCUUGGAGCACUGGGGUGCUCCUGCGGGGGUGAUGCAGGACAUGGAGCGCCGUGUGGAAGCCAUCUGUACGGCAACUCGCAAAGAUCGUCGGGUCAAUCUGUACAAGGAAGCAUGCUCUCAAAUCGAACGCUAUGCACGGAAUGAAAACAUGACAGUAUUGGAGCUGAGCUUGUGGAAGCAGAAAAUAGUGGAAACGGGUCAUGGUCGAGAAGAGUGCCGCUUUCUGUGCCACGCCGAUAUCGUGCUUUCCAACAUCGGUGCGUUCUUGGGACUAGUCAAGUCUUCUUCGUAG